AUGAAGUCUCCUUGUUCUGCAGAAUCUCUGGAGGCCGGUGUGUCUGUGAGGCCUCCGGGGCCUAACAUCUACCUCAGCGAGUGUGUGCUGCUACAGUGCACAGUGGAGUCACACUGUACUUCUGUGAAGAGCUACCGGUGGUACAGGGCCAAACCACUCGCCAUUCCAAACCGCAGGCACCUGGUCUCUGGUGACAGCUACUACAUCAGCGCUGUAACGAGGGAGGAUGCUGACAGUUACUGGUGCCAAGCUAAGUGUCAGGAGAAUAAGACUGUGUUAUUUGUGGACGCCCGGCCGGUCACACUCAGUGUGUCAGAGCGUCCCCCCUCCUCACUGUCUCUUACUCCCAACACCAGGCAGAUGCUCAGCGGGGAACAGUUCACCAUACGAUGUCCCGCCUCUGAGACUUACUCCUCGAUCUGGAAGCUGCUGCAUUUCUCUCCAGACCGCUUGGCGGGGACCACAGUCGUUGUUGUCCAACAUUCACUACCAGGAGGUGGUGUUCCUGCAGACAAAUCGGUGUUUGUGUUCAUUGCUGCCACUUGGAACAGUGGACUGUACUGGUGUGAGGGGCCUGAGGGUCGCAGCAAUGCAGUCAACAUCACAGUAAGCUAUGGCAACAUCACCUUGAAGACUCCUGCCUCUCCUGUGGCUGUGGGCGAUGACGUAGUCUUGUAUUGUCAGUACCAGGCAGGCAACAGCACUAAGACGCGCUUCUUUAAAAACGGAGCAGAAAUCCACACUCACAGCUCUGCCAGUUCAGACAGAGUCGUCGCGAUGGCGAUUCAGAACGUGACACAGGACGAUGAGGGCUUUUACAAAUGUGCGUCACGUGACAGAAAGAUGCAGAGUCCAGAGAGCUGGUUAUCAGUGAGACCUGACAGAGGUCAGGCAUUUGAAGGCAAUUUGACUUCAUCCGAAGAGACACCAGCCUCCACUAGUGACACCUGGAAAUGGAUCACACUCUCAUUUGGGAUUCUAUUUCUGUUCCUCGUUCCUCUAACAGUUUGGCUCGUUUAUCACUACAGGUACCAGAUGUUUUGCACUCGUAUCUGCUGGCCGCUUUACAAACAGGAGGUGCGAGCAGAGAAGCUUCCUGCGACCAAACAGGAUGCAACAGAAGUGCAGUGGGACCUGUCCUGGAUGGAGAUGACCAAUCUACUGGAUAAGGAUGUAUAUCGUGGCACUUAAACUUAUAUACAGGAUAUUAUACUAAAUGAGAUUGUUCAGUCAGUCGGUGUCUUUUCUUGCAUGAUGUAAGACAUUUUUUUUACAUUACAUUACAUUACAUGUCAU